AUGGACAGUGCAACCAAAGUCUGCAUGGUUUGCUCUUACUCUUACCCUUACUCAGAUAAGGCAGUUUCGUCGUACGCCGUAAUGAUCGUCGAAGUGCAACUGGAAGUCGGCGGCGAUGUUAGUGAUGAGUCGUCAGGCAUCCCUGUUAAUGAUAAGUCACUCAUCGCCAUUCGCCCCAAGUUUCUCAUCAAUAGAAUCUCUUUGGAUGGGAACUACACUUUCUGCGUUCUGAAUUCGACCCUGUACAUGAUCGAGAUGGGCAUUCCUACCAUCGAGGGAUCCCUGCUAGGGAAGUCGAUAUAUACCUGCUGUCUGUCUCCGUACCUGAAAGACGGCGGCGGUGUCGCUGGCGGUGAAAUCCCGAUUUUGGGUAAAGACGUGCUGCUGGCCUUGCCGGAAAUGUUGUACCCCAAAUUCCUUCCUUUCGUGACCCCCACGCCCGACGGAAAGAGGAUUGUGGUAUUUUCAUCUACUAUGAGCAUUUUCAUCGGCGGUGCCCGUUACCCUGAGAAUUCCGUGGGUGAAGAAAUAGAUGAGGAAAUCGAUUUCGAGGUGUUCGACCCGGAAAAAAAGGAAUGGCAGAAGCUCCCGUCGUUACGGGACUGCCUGCCUUGGCCGAGGUGGCGCCAUUUUCUCGAGUUUGAAAUACAAGGAUUCACGUUCCUCACGAGCUCAGAAAUGCUUGUCCAAACGAGUGAAGGAAUUUUCAUAAUUGAUAUCUAUAAGCCGGAGAACGGUUGGCAUGGUCAGAUUCAGCUGUGCCUGGAUGCUUACGGGGCUUACGACAUUUCCCCUAGGGCCAAGACCGAGUACAAGGAAGCCUUGUUUGAUUCGAGCAGGGCCUCUUGGUUUCCUACAUCAUCCUUCGCUUGGGAUGUGGAUGUCAGGUAUGAAUUACUGUGUUCUUUCAAGACCGAUGUUGUUUAUUACAAGAAUCCUGGUGCUCUUCUUGUGGUGAACUUGCAAAGUGCCCUAGAAAUGUACACGCACAAAGCGUACAUGCUUUUGGAUGUGUCUGUCUAUGAACUCAAGGAAUACAAAGAGGUUGUUUAUAGAAAGAAGAAGAAGAAGAAUAAGAAGAAGGAAGUUGUGGAGGGAGAAGGUCCUGAGAAGAAGAAGUGCCUGAACCUGAAUGCUAGCUUUGUGAAGUCGCUCAAGUUCAAGCUUGACACAGAGGCGUGCUGGAGUUUUAUGCCGCACAGUCUGUCAGUUAUUCGAUCUUAA